AUGGCGCAAAAGAGUGGCCAGAGCAGCCGGAGCGGGAGGGCGGACCCGUUCCAGGAGAGCAAUGAGGAUGAGGACUUCGCCGCGCCGCCCAAGAAGGCUCGCCCCACCGGGAAGAGAGUUCCCCUUGGUGAGAAACUUUGCCAGAGAGAUUUGGAAGUUACCUUAGCCCUGUCAUUGAAUGAAUAUUUGGGAAACAAAGAUAAAAUUCAAAAGAAAGAUGACCAUGCUGAACCUAAGGCAGCUGUAGAGGAUUUCAAACAGGAAGCUGUAUUAUGCACAUCAGAAACGGACAAUGAUGAAAACGUAUCUGCCAAUCAGGAAAACUCUCAGCCACCUUUGGAGAUUGAAUUAGAUUCUUCGGAAUCCGUUGGGAAGCCUUUGAAGACCUCAAGCCCUUCGGUGCCGAAGAAACCCAGCUGGACGCCCCCAGGUGCAUCUGGAAGCAAAACCAGCCCAUUGGGAAGAGCUCCGGUUAGAUCACCAGUUCAUGGUCUCCGCCUUGGCCUCUCCAGACGUGCCAAAGUGAAACCUCUGCACCCAUCUUGUGCUGGUACCUAAAAGGGCUUAAGGCUGGCACGAGAAGGCUGCGGAUUGAGGUGGAACAGAGGAGAAACCCGUUUUUAAUAUACAAAAUGAGGCGCGAGCCAUAAAGGCAUCCCUUUUUGGGGGAAAAAAAACUUUGCCUUUUAAAAACGAGUCCUGUAAAAUGGGACGGUUGUCCCUUGAAAUAUCCAGCGAGAAUGCCACGGGUUUAUUUAUUGUCCCUUAAAAUAUCUAAUGCCAUGGUUCCAUCUUCUUUCACUCAAAGCGUUGGCCAACACAACCCAAAGUUUUGUCCCAGCUUGGCCAAUUCUAGCUUUUGAGGAUUGCAUAGCCAGCAACAGUGAUUUGGAGCAUCAGUUGGCCAUCUAGAGCUGUGUUUCUCAACUCUGGCAACUUUUAAGAUGUGUGGACUUCAACUCCCAGAAUUCCCCAGCCUAACUCUGGGGAAUUCUGGGAGUUGAAGCCCACACAUCUUAAAGUUGCCACGGUUGAGAAACAUGGCUGUAGGGAAUGUGUUUUAAAACCACUAUAAAGACAGCAUGCCAGGAGGUAGCGUGUUACUCCCUCCUUACUCCCAAUAGCAAAAAAACAGUCGUUGCUAUCAAUUUACAGCUGUUCGUUUUCCUGUCCAAUCAAAUGCACAUUCAGCUUUUAGUCUUUUGCAAGCAUUACUCCCUCUUUGAAUGAGAUACCGAAUGUCGCGAUCAAACAUAUUUAUCAUUGUGACUUUUGACAAUGAAAUAAAUUGUUUUUUAGAAAAAAACAA